AUACUUGACUGAUAUACACCCUGAAUUCUGAUCAUAUCUAUCCUCAAAUACUUGAACCGAUUCCUCAAUCCAUUCAAUAUAACCGAUAUGACAGACAAGACAAUGUCUAGUGCGACAGUACACCUUAGUGUUCCUGGAGAUUGGAAACUUUGGUACAAGCAUAUGCUAGGAUAUGCAAAGGACAAGAAGGUAUCAGACUUCAUCAAUCUUGAUAAACCUGAUAUCUUCUCUGAACUAGAAGAACCUCUGGAACCCGAGAGUCCAGAAGAAGCCACCGCGGAGGCCAAGAUAGCAUAUGACAUCAAGGUCACUGCGUGGAAAAUCAAAUAUAUGAAAUAUGAAAAAAUGAAUGAAGGUAUGACAAAGAUACGAGAUGUCAUAUGGAGAACAGUGGAUGCCACAGAGCUACGACAUGUACGCAGCGAGGAUGAUGAUGUGAAGGAGAUUAUCCAUUCAUUAAGAGAUUGUCUCUCACCCACAACCGCGGACUAUCAAGAUGAUGUGAGAACCCGAUACCAUGAUCUCUGCAAAGCACCGAAAAACAGAGGUAUAGAGAAGUGGUUAAAUGACUGGUCUCUCAUUGAAGAUGAUAUCAAAGAGGCGGAUAUAGCUGGACAGUUCAACUUGAAGAAAGAUUUCUUAAAUGCGAACCUAGCUAUUGAUGCAGGUUAUGCACAAGCAUGGGCUAAGGAUGUCCGACGUGAUAAAGAUGUCAUAUCUUUGAUAGAGUUAGUUAAGGACUUCAAGGAACGGUAUAGGGAAAUGGGUAUUCUCAAAGGAGAUAAACCUAUGAACUUUGCUACCCUUAAUGGAAGACCUCAGCAAUCAUCACCAGCGACAUUCAGAAACUGCAUCUGCGGAGCCCGUCACCGAUACACCCAGUGCUACUAUCUCAAUCCAUCAAGGAAGCCACCUGGAUGGAAGGAAAACGGGGAGAAGAGAACUCAGAUUGAUCAAGCUCUUAAGAAUCAAGAAUUGAAGAGACAUAUUGAUCAUGCGAUAUCUAGAGAUUCAUUCACAAAUACAGAUAUGGUAGAUGCCAAUGAAGCAGUCCUAGGAGGAAUGGUCCUGAAGCAAUCAGAUCAUCAAUCUAUCGAUCAUCAAUCUAUCGAUCAUCAAUCUAUCGAUCAUCAAUCUAUCGAUCAUCAACCUAUAGAUCAUCAAUCUAUUGAUCAGCAAAUCCGAAAAAUAUCGAUGAACUCUUCACAUUCUCGCUCCUACCUCUGA